AUGAGUACUUAUCGUUGGGAUACAACACUAAAUUCUAACGAACAAGAAGAGCUUAUUAAUGCAUUAAACUUCAUUAUAUGUUUAUCUGAUUCUCAUGAACGAGUGGAUGAUAUUCAACAUUGUUUCGAUACAGUGCUUAAAUACUAUCCAGACAUCAAGAAAGAAGUAUCUUCUCUAGAAUUUUGUAAAAAUAUUAAAAAUUACUUUAUAGAGUACUUUGAUAAAAAAAUUCAAGUAAUAGAUGAUAUGCUCAAUUUGAUUCAUGACACGUAUUUUUUCUGUGGCUCUGAAAAUACUAUUGAUAUUUAUAAGAAUUGUCUUUCCCAACAAAUCAAGACAAUAAGUUUUCUAAAGAAAAUACCUUCUAUUCUCCAGAAAUUUCAAAGAGUCACAACUAAAAGUCAGUGGUAUCAUUUUAAAACUUCAGCAAAAGAAUUUAUUAGUGAAUAUAUGGAAUCCCAAAUUAUUGAAUUAGAAAGUAGUGACUCAGGCAAAAAAUUGGUUUGCACAAUUCCAAAAAAAUCAAAAGAAUCAAAAAAAUCAAAAAAAUCAAAAGAAUCAAAAGAAUCAAAAGAAUCAAAAAAAUCAAAAAAACAAAGUUUUUUGAAUUGGAAUAAUUCCUCUAAAUUAGAAAGUCAAAUUUCUGAACUAAGAAAAGAAAAAGAAGAAAUACAAAAUCAAUACAAUAGCUACAAAGAAACAAGAGAUCAAGAGGUCAAUAACCUUAACAAGAAAAACACAACAAUCAUGUCUCAAAUGAAAAAACAUGAAGAAGAAUGUUUAAAAGUUAUUCAAGACUUUAAAAAAGUUUCUCAUAUACUUGAAGAGGAGAAACAAAAACAACUCAAUGAAUUUAAACAAAAACUUACGGAGAUUAAAAUACAAAAUGAACAAGAUGCUACACGUACUUAUGCUGAAACAAAAGAAAUACAAAAAGAAAUAGAGACUUUAAAAAAAGACAUUGAAAUAAAAAAAAAGGAAUAUAAUGGUUUAAGCCAACAAUUGGAUAUAUUAAAGAAACAGUUAUAUGAUUGUCUAAUGAUGCAAAACAUUCCUAAAGGGGUUAUUUUCAAAGAUAAAUUGAAGACAAAUACUGAAUAUUUUAUUAUUCUUGCAUCAAGUCUUAUUGAACAUAAAAUCUCUCUUCCUCGCAUAAAUCAAUGUAUGUUAGGAAGUUAUUUUGAAGUUGAGCUAUAUCAGCUUGACCUCCAAAGUUGUAGUUUUGGUAAUCAAAUUACCUUUAAAGAACAAGGGUCUCAAUUAUCAAAUGAAAAAAGAUAUGAUGUGAGGAUAGAAGUUAUUGAACGUCCAGAGGAUGAAAAGAAAGAAGAAGAAAAUCCUGAGGAUGAAAAGAAAGAAGAAAAACUAGUGGAGUGUAUAGAUAAUUAUCCAAAACAUCAGUUAUUUCAACAAAUAGUUGAAAUUCCUCUAAGCAUAUUUUUAACAGGAGGUACAGUAGAGGUAAGUGUAGCAAAUAACAGUUUAAUAGUUCCAAUUCUUGUUGGAGAAAAAGAAGGUGUUUCAUUAACUUAUGAUUCUGUUUCUACAGACAGUGAUGGAAAUAUUAUAGAUGUUGUCUUAAAAACAAAAUACCUUAAUGACCCUCAUUAUCAAAGAGUGGGUGAUGACUUAAUUGGAGUUUUCCAAUAUUCACAAGAAAAUGCUGGUGAAACAAUCCCCAUUCCUUACAUUGUUGAAAGUCAGUCAUUAGGAGAAUUUGUUUUACAAACUGGAAAAUAUAGGUAUCAAGGAUAUGGUUUUUCUUCCCCAACAGGAAUAAGAGGAGAUUAUUGGGUACACAUUAAACUUAUUUAAUUGAGAACUAAGUUAUUUUU